GCGGCCUCUAACUUAGAAGUAGCUAAAAAAUGGAACGGUGCACAUAUCCACCAAACUUUUUCCAUUAGAACUCUACCGAAAAUAUCACACUUUCUUGGUACGGAUUAACAAAAAUCUGCUAUCGGGAAUUAGGGUUUUACGUUCCAGUUGUUUUCGUAGAGUCUAUUCAAGAUGUGAGCGGUCGUGAUGCAUUGACCAAAAAGAAGCGAACGGUGGUCAUUGCAGCACAGCAUUUAUCCUUUUAGCAUCAGAUGAUCAGAUCAGAUGAUGAAAUCGUAAGCAGCUGUGAAGCGAAGCAGUAAACAAGGGUCCGAAGCGUCGAAUCGAAGCUUCCGGAAUUCAAUCAACCAAUUGGCAAUUAGGGCCCGUCGACAUCUGUUACCUGGAACCCCUGUAGCAUUUACUAUGGCGGAGCACUUGGCUUCCAUCUUCGGCACAGAGAAGGACCGCGUCAACUGCCCCUUCUAUUUCAAGAUCGGCGCUUGCCGCCACGGUGACCGCUGCUCUCGCCUGCACAACCGCCCGACCAUCAGUCCCACGCUGCUGCUGUCCAACAUGUACCAGCGGCCUGACAUGAUCACCCCCGGCGUCGACUCCCAGGGCCAGCCCCUCGACCCGCGCAAGAUCCAAGAGCAUUUCGAGGACUUCUACGAGGACAUCUUCGAGGAGCUCACCAAGUUCGGCGAGAUCGAGAGCCUCAACGUCUGCGACAACCUCGCCGAUCACAUGAUCGGCAACGUAUAUGUCCAGUUCAAGGAGGAGGAUCAGGCCGCCGCCGCUCUUCAGGCGCUGCAGGGCCGCUUCUACAAUGGUCGCCCCAUAAUCGCCGACUUCUCGCCCGUGACCGACUUUCGCGAAGCCACGUGCCGCCAGUUCGAGGAGAACAGCUGCAACCGAGGGGGAUAUUGUAAUUUCAUGCACGUCAAGCUGAUUGGGAGGGAGCUCAGGAGGAGGCUCUUCGGGAGGUACCGGGGCUACAGAAUAAGCCGGAGCCGGAGCCGGAGCCGGAGUUUGAGCCCAAGGCAUCGGAGCAGGGACUACGAUAAGUACGAUAAGAGAGAGAGGGACUAUCGGGACCGCGAUUAUCGCGGGAAUGGGCGACGGAGCAAGGACAGGUACGAGAGGGACCGGGACAGAGACGGUGGGAGGAGAAGACACGGCAGCAGUCCCAGGCGGAGCAGGAGCAGGGGCAGGAGCCCCGUGGUGGUGAGGGAAGGCAGCGAGGAACGGCGAGCGAGGAUUGAGCAGUGGAAUCGAGAAAGGGAGGAGAAGCAGUGAGUGAUAUGAAAGCGCAUUGGCAUUGGGAUUUUUCACUUGGAUUGGUUGAUUUGAUGGCUAGUAGUGGCGUGUAAAGCGCUUGUUUGCGGAGACACUAGUUUUGAUGAAUUCCACUGCGAAUGCAGUACGUAUAUCACACAGCUAGGUAGAUAUUUUGUUGUUUUUUUUUUUUCCUUUCUAAGUUUACAGGACGUUGCUAUUUAGUUUAUAGCAUCUUGUUCGUUAUAGAUUCUUAGGUCGGGUGUUUGUUCUGUGAUCUUCCAAUCAUAAGUUGAGAAGAAGCCGGGUUCAAUGAUGAAUCUAAACUGGACUCUCAGCACACCGAUGAUAUGGUGGGAUAGGUUAGCAUUUGUAUUCUUUCUUUGUUAGAGUAUCAUUUGUGUAUCACUUUCUGGCUAGAAAGCAUUGUUCCUGCUAUUUUUAAUGUCGCGUCGAUGUGUAGGUGUCCAGGUACAUGGAUUUCAGUACUUAACAGACUUAGAGCAUUGUUCAGAUUUCCUCUCCUGAUGUUAUGCUCAAGACAGAUUUUUCAGCUUCUUUGCCCAGUCUUUUAUCUAAUAAUCUUUCCGCUUAUGAUUUAGGGUCUGAUACAGUAGCUCUGAGAAUGGUGUAGGUGAACAGAAAAACUGCUCAGAAACAGGUCAUAUGGCGAGUUGACGGAUUGAUCUAACUAGCUAUGGUGUAGGCCAACUCUAGGGGCUCCUUUGGUUUGUCGGCAAUAGAUGGUUGUCACAUAAAUAUACAUAUCAGAUUCAUCGGUCUAGCAAACAGUGAUCACUAGUUUCAUAUUCGACUUAAUGGUUUCUAGGUGUUAGUUUUUUGGCCACAGGAGGAAAAAAACCAUAAUAUUACCGCAUUAAAGCUCUAAUGAAAGAUGAGCAAUUUAUUUGAUUUAUUCAACAGUGCUGGUCAGGAAGCUGAAAACAAUGAGUGAGAGGUUUGCAGGGUUGACAGAUGCCUUGGUGUUUGGUGUGGAUUCUCCUUUGUAUUUUUCUGCAAGUCUUUUGAAUGAUGAUAUUUGAUAUUUGACUGA